UCCCUGGAAAAGACCCUGAUGUUGGGAAAGAUUUGAGGGCACAAGGAGAAGGGGGCGACAGAGGACGAGAUGGUUGGACAGUGUUCUCGAAGCUACCAGCAUGAGUUUGACUAAACUGCGGGAGGCAGUGGAAGACAGAAGUGCCUGGAGUGCUCUGGUCCAUGGGGUCACGAAAAGUCGGACACGACUAAAUGACUAAACAACAUGUGCUGCCUCAGCACAUAUGGUUCCUACAUUUAACAUUUCUGACCCUCCUGUUUACUGAUAGAUCACCUGAUGUUACCUGAAUCCCCUAAAACAUUUUCUUAAUAUUAACCCUUUCGUGUCCCUUUGGAUAGGUGCCACCCCUUUCCUUAUGUAAUGCCAACUGCCAUCCUGGUUAUGAGAAGAAAAAGAAGGAGGGGAAGAAGUUCUGUUGUUAUGAUUGUGAUCCAUGUCCUCGUGGGAUGUUCUCAGAUGAGAAGGGGUUGGAAACCUGUGCCAGAUGUCCUGUGGAUCAAUAUCCAAAUGAAGAGCAGAAUGAGUGCAUUCCCAAGAAACCAAAUGUCCUAGGCUUUGGUGAAACUUUGGCCAUGGUUUCAACUUUUUCUGCGCUUUUAUUCUCUCUGAUCACAGCUAUGGUACUUGGCCUUUUCAUUAAGCACCGGAACACUGCCAUCGUCAAAGCCAAUAACAGAAGCCUCACUUACAUUCUCCUCAUCUCCCUCCUCUUGUGUUUCCUGUGCUCCUUGAUGUUCAUUGGAAUGCCUAAUAAGGCAACCUGCCCACUCCGACAAACAGCUUUUGGCAUUGUCUUCUCUGUGGCCCUCUCCAGCAUCUUGGCCAAGACUAUUUCAGUGGUUUUGGCAUUCAUGGCUACAAAGCCAGAUUCCACAAUCAGGAAGUGGCUAGGCAAAAAACUGGCUUACUCCAUCGUCCUUUCCUGCUCUUUGAUUCAAGUAGGAAUCUGUGCCUUCUGGUUGGCAACCUCUGCCCCAUUCCCAGAUGUGGACAUGCAUUCAAGCAGUGAAGAAAUUAUAUUCUUAUGUAAUGAGGGGUCAGUUGUCAUGUUCUAUGCUGUUUUAGGCUACAUGGGCUUCCUGGCCAUCAUCAGCUUCACUGUGGCCUUCUUAGCCCGGAAGUUGCCCGACAGCUUCAAUGAAGCCAAGUUCAUCACCUUCAGCAUGCUGGUCUUCUGCAGUGUUUGGUUCUCCUUUAUUCCCACAUACUUGAGCACCAGAGGAAAAUACAUGGUGGCUGUGGAGAUCUUCGCCAUCUUGGCUUCCAGUGCUGGGCUGCUGGGUUGCAUCUUUUCCCCUAAAUGCUACAUUAUUGUGGUGAGGCCUGAGCUGAAUAACAGAGAGCAGCUGAUACGGAGAAAGAUGUAA